ACCAGUUGGUGGCGCUAAUGCACCAAAUAGCUGUUUGCCAACCGCAAAUAAAUCCUCAGUUUGUCAGAGCGCGAAACUUCUCUAACAAACAUGACGUCCAAAGCAGGCCGCAGAGGGACGAAGCGCAAAGCGGAGGUUCGGGCCGAGGAGGAGCAGACAUCCAUAGAGGAGAAGAAGGAGAGAGGAGGGGAGGAGGAGAGCGACCAAAGUAGCUUAAAGGUGGUCAUUGAACACUGUAAAAGCUGACGAGUGUAUGGACGUAAUGCCGAGGAGGUGAAAUCUGCCCUUCUGGCUGCCCGUUCCAGUCUGACUGUGGUCCUCAACCCCGAGAAGCCCCGCAGGAACAGCUUCGAGAUCACUCUGCUGGACGGAGGCAAAGAAAUAUCUCUCUGGACGGGAAUAAAGAAGGGUCCGCCUCGUAAGCUGAAGUUUCCUCAGCCUGAUGAUGUUGUCGUUGCUCUGCAGGAAACUGUUGAGACUGAAUAAACACCUAGUGAAGAUGUGUAUUUGUCUUGUAGCUGAGCAUCUAGAAGAUGUGACUGGUGGAAGCAGAAUGAUGAGGGGUGACCAAUGAGACUUUCUCAGUCUCUCCUCUGAUGAGCCCAGCUCCAUCUGAACUCUUCUAGAGACACGGUGACACCUGGUGGAUCAUCUGUGCAAAUGCAGAAUUAUGUUUAAGUGUUCUGCAGCCUAGUUCUCAAAAGCCGCAAUUUUUAUACCUGAUGUUGCUAAAUAAAGUGUUUAAACGUUA